CAGUUACCUUUUCCGUUCUCAGCGCUGAAGGAGUCCAGAGAGGAGGAGGAGGAGAGAUGGCGGCGGCGGCGGAGCCCCGGAGCGGGGGAGAGGGACACCACAGCGGGGAGAGGGAGCGGGAGAGGGACGGGGAGAGAGACGGAGAGCGGGACGGAGAGAGGGACGGAGAGAGGGAGAGAGAGCGGGCGGCUUUCGAGUGUAACAUCUGCCUGGACACGGCGAGGGACGCGGUCAUCAGCCUGUGUGGACACCUCUUCUGCUGGCCAUGCCUCCAUCAGUGGUUGGAGACGAGGCCGAGCAGACAGCAGUGUCCGGUGUGUAAAGCUGGAAUCAGUAGAGAUAAAGUUAUUCCUCUGUACGGCCGCGGCAGCAGCAGCCAGGAGGACCCCAGACUGAAAACUCCACCUCGACCUCAAGGACAGAGAACAGAGCCUGAGAGUAGAGGACCGUUCCAGGGCUUUGGGGACGCAGGCUUCCACAUGUCGUUUGGAAUCGGAGCUUUUCCCUUCGGUUUCUUCACUACAAUCUUCAACACCAACGACCCUUUUCACAGAGCAGAUCCUCACUAUGCAGGAGAUCACCAAGGCAACGGUAACCCGAACAACGGCAACAACUGGCAGGACUCGCUCUUCCUCUUCCUUGCCAUCUUUUUCUUCUUCUGGAUGCUGAGUGUGUGAGUGCGUGUGGGCGAGAGAGGGAGAGAUACUGAGAGAAAAGGGGAGAGAGAGAGAGAGAGAGAGAGGGCAGAGAUUAGUGGACUCAUACACAUACGGUACUGUUAACAGACGAGCUCUGUGUGACCCCACGCUCAGCUCUGUCUGGAGACGUUUUUCUGUUUUUAUUUUUGGGAGGAAUAACUUCACUCUUUCUGUCUCUCGCUCAGUGUUUUCCUCUUCCUGUCUGUCUGUCUGUCUGUCUGAUUUGUACAUAUAUGCACUCCUACACUGAGAGACAGACUGAUACACAGAGAUGUGAGGCGUGAUUAAAGACGAGAGAGAGACCGUAAAACGGCCGCACUGCAAAAAUGAUAUCUGAGCAAGAGGAAGCGUCAUAUACAGUUGUGUGCAAAAGUUUGUGCGCCCCUGUCAAAUUCCAUGUUGUUGAUUUGAGUGUAAAUAAGUGAAUACAUCCUCUACGGAGACACACUACUGAACAUUAUAAUACAUGACUACUGUUUAUUUACUGAAUUUAGCAUACUGGGGGAAAAAUAUACCAUAUAAUAUGAUCUGUGCAAAAUUUAUGGCACCCUUUUUAGGUUAUGAUUUGUAUUUCCAGUUAGUUGGAUGUAGGAAAUUGCGCACUAUAAUUUGCAGAAACUGCUAUAUGUGAGUCUCUCUGUAAAGCAGUGGUGCUCAAUCCUGGUCCCGGAGAUCUACCACCCUGGAGAGUCCAGAUCCAACGCACCAAGCUCAUGUACUCAGAUGCCCCUGCAUGCCUUGAUUACCUGGAUCAGGUGUGUUAGAUUAGGGGUGGAGCUAAACUCUGCAGGGUGGUGGAUCUCCAGGACCAGGAUUGGGCUCCCCUGCUGUAAAGGAUGUGUUAACUUAUUCAGUAAAACCUAAAUUAACCGAAGGUGUUCAGAUAUUUGCAUAAGACUGUAUAGUGCACUAAGUGAGCUUUGGCUUCUACACCUGUAUAGUGGACUGUAUGUCCAGCAGUGAGUUGUGCACACAUGCCUGAAUCCAAAAUGGUCUUUGUCAGACAUGUUGUGGACUCUUUUGGGUGCAGGAGCCAUUAUUUUAGGACCUACCUAGGGCACUACAUAGGGAGUAGGCAGCCUUUUGAGAUGUAGCCGAGGAGUUUUAUGACGGUCACUGAGUCUCCCUGAUGGUGUUUUGAUGCUGUUUUGGACUUUACAGAGCAGCAAGAUCAGAAAAAAAGAGUGAGUGAAGAAAAGAAGCUUUGGAUAGACACACACAGACACACACACACACACACACUCACACACACACACUUGUGCAUCUUUGCCACUCUCGGAGGAGGUUUCCUUCUGGGUUAAAAAGCUCUUCUCUAAUCUUAACGCUAAUCUAAUCGUCGUUUUCACAGCUCCACAUUAAGCAACAGAUUUUCAUACCAAAGAAAAGUCUUUUUACUCAAAUGUUAGUUUAGUGAUGUACUGAGAGAAAGUGGUUAAAAUAAAUAAAUAAAUAAAGCAGUAGAUGAAUAUGUAUGUGAAGUAUUGGGGUGGGUUGUAUUCGUCCCCGUUGCCCCUCCCACACAGCAUUUACCGGCCUGUGCACUGUGCUAGCGUUUAAAGCUGAGGGUCAGUGUUGGUGUUAUUUUGUCCCUGAGCUGAAGGUCCGGAGUUUCUGAGAGCUGGAGGUGAAGAUCAGUGUUCAGAGGGGUGAAAAACCACAGCUGUUAAUCUCGGACCUCAAAGGAUCCAGAUUAUGAUUCUUUAGCAAAGGAUUCAGUGCAUCAUAAAAAUCCCACCUUUCAUCACGAUUCGAUUCAGUUUGAUUCAGAUAUGUUGCAGGUGACUUCACUGAAGAACAACACGUGUAAACAAAAAUACAAGCUAGUGGAGUAACUCAAUAUGUUGCAUACAACUUUGUUUGAAAUGCUUUGUGUAACUAUCAAGUUGAACGGAAUUAUGUUGCAGGCAACUCACAACUAGUUGCACAGAAGUUUCUCUGUAAAGCCUUAGAAUGUUUAAAAUGCACUAAAUACAUAAAAAUAACCAGAGGAACUGUUUACACAGUUGUGGAAUAGAGACAGUUUUUUCUAGAUCUUCUACAAAUUUUAUUCUAGUGGAAUAUAGACAAUAAGAACAGUAAGGGUUUAUUAUUUUUGUUUUUUUGAUGUUUUUACUAGAUUUUCUCCCAAUUAAAUUUACUCUUUUUAAAAAUACACUGAAUAGAUCAAGAUCACUGGAGGAACUUUUCCCCCCCACAUUUUUCCAUUUUUAAUGGUCUUCCCUUUCAGAUCGAUAUAGAGCAGCCUGAGAGAUCAAACUGCAAAGGCUUCCAUUAAAACUCUCCAAACAUUCCAGUAAUAAUGCAGUUGAAUUGCCACCUUCAGACUUUUUACACUCCAGUUAAGAAUGCAUUUGUCUGUUGAUCCAACUGCGUUCAUUUUGGGAUGUUAGAAUUCAUUAUAAUGAAUUAUUAUGAUAUUCAGUAUAAUAUGGCCUUAAAAAUUACAGGCUAUUUUCAAACAUGACAAACCAAAAAACACACCUGCUGUAUAGUUUUACUGUCUUCAUUCCACCACUGUGUGACCAGGUCCUCCAAUUCCACUUAAAACACUGCGUGUGUUUAUGUAAAGAAUUCAGAAUCGGAUGAAAUCGUUGAUAUUUCAGGUCAUUUAAUCCUGUCCUGAAGAGUCGUAAUCCUGUGAGAUUGACCUGCUGGUGUUCAUCUCAGCGUGUCCGAGCUCCAGAUCGGGCGUGUUAGUGUUAAAGCUGGUGAAGAGCGCUGCUUCCUGUUCGCUCGUGUGUGUCGUGCGUCUCGUGUGCCAGUCCACUCGCUCUGUUAUAAUGCUAGUCUGGUAUUCACAGAUUUAACUUCGAAAAACGAGCGUUUAUAAAGUCCCUUUAGAGUGAAUAACCCUCACGUGCACUGAUAUUAGAUAUAAAUCAGUCAGGGAAUCUGAGAAGGUGUUUUUGGAGAAAGUCACAGGGUAAUCAGCGCUGUGGUUACGGAGCCGGGCUGAUCCAUACAGGCAGAAAACCAGUAUUGUGAUUGAUUUGCUACAUUUUGGGAUUGUGAUACUCAUCGGUGAUACAGAUAAAGAUUGGCCUGCGUCAUUUUGAUCAAAAUUAUUAGCGUUUGUUGAGUCAUGUGACCAAAAUUACAGCAAAAUCUACAACUUGACUACAACUUUUAUCAUUUCUUACAUCACAUUAUUCAAGAAGAUUUAAUCAUUUUGAAUCCAUGUCACAUGGAAAAGAAAAAGCCCAUGUAGAACAUCUGAGAUUGAUCACAAUAAGUCAUGAAAAAGCACUGUGAUUGGUUACAGGGCUCAUUUGCAUAUUGCAAUAGAGGUGGGCAAUAUGGCGAAAACUAAAAACUAGGACUAAUUAUCCCCUUUGUGUAAAGAUACAUGCAGUUCAGUGAGCUUAAGCACUGACGAUACCUAUCUGAAGCGUAUUGUGACAUAUUGUGAUGUAUUUUAUCACGAUAACUGUUGCCAUAUUGCCCACCGCUGUAGUGCAGCCAUCUGCAACCUCUGUGUGGCAGAGGCAAUAUCACAAUAAACGAUAUACUGUACAGUCCUGGGUGUAAAUUAAGCCCAGUUUUGGUCUGAAUCGCUCUGUCAUGUGGGUUCAUCAUCAUUAAAAGACCUUUCCAGCUUAUUACUAGGCUGAAUCUGGGUGUGGGAGUCAGGACUGGUUUACCUCUAGAGGGCAGUAUUUGCAGGUGUUGCGUGGAGUCCACCUUCAGUAAUUACGCUAAAGGUGAUUUUGUGUAUUUAUUGUGCUAAAACAGUAAAGCUCUGGCCUCACAGCUCAUCACUUACUUUCAGUUGUCAAUCUCUUCACUGGUUCCAGCUGCGCGGAUAAAGGCAGCGCAAGAUUUACUGGACUGGUUUCACAAAAUCCAGACAGUCAGACACUCUGAAGUAGUCAUAAUUAAAGGGGAAGCCCACUGAAAAUUACAUCAUUAAACCAUUGAGAUGUAAACAGAGACAUUCAGAGUGGUUUGGUGUGAAAUGGUUCAGCUGUCUUUACAGUGGUGGUGAUAGGAACCAGGGGUCGCCAUGACUACAACACAAAUAUAGACAUUUUAUUUACUAUCCAGAACCACCAGUGAACCUACACGAGUCUUCUGAGUUCAUAUGGAAUGAUGAUGAUGGGAAACAGUGGAAAAUCUGAAAAAAUUAGUUUUCUUUGGGGACCCUUCAUGUGCCCCUGCCCUGCCCUGAAUGGACCCCAGAUCAUCUCUAAACUAUCCUAAAACAGUGUCUCAGUCAUCAGGCAGUGAAUUCAUAACCAUUUCAUGUAGGAACUUUCUGUGAGGAGCUUUUAGACUGAAAAAAAACGGUGUCUUGUCAAGUGAAAUUAUCUUAAAUCUAGUGAACGUAUGUAAUAUUUUUCGUUUUGCGAUAGGUGUUUGCUUAUUCCAAGAUUAUCUCGCUUAUUUCUAGACACCUUUCACUUGUGUUGAGCAAUUUUAUUAAGUAAAAUUAUUUCAUUAUACUGGCAGAUAAUUUUGCUGGUUUCAAGCACAUUUAUCUGCCAAUAUGGUGCAAUAAUUUGACUUAAUAAAAUGACUUAAAGGUAUAAAAUGUCUAGAAAUAAGGUACAAAUCUUAUAUUACGCUUAUACCAAUCUCAGCAGGACAAAUAUUAGAUUUAUUGACUGUAUUUAAGAUAAUGUUACUUGACGAGAUACCAUUACUCAAAUGACUCUGAAUGACUCUGUUUACAUCUUUUGUUGAUUAUGCCUGAACAUUUAUGCAAGUGUAGAAAUCACCAAUGUAAUGAAAGUGUAAAGCUAGUUUAAUUACCUUUUUUCUUUUCUAAUCUGUUUCUCCACUAAUAUUAAACGAGGGUGAAGCCAUGGUUGACUAAAUCAGUAGAACACAGUAAGUUGCACCUCUAUUAGAAUAUAAAGACACAAAAACUUUAAAGUUUAUAUAAAUAAUCGCCAUUAUAAAAGCUUAAACUACCUUACAGCACAGUAUGAUUUUUACACUCUGUCUGUUGCCAUGACGAGUAUUCUCCCGGUCGUUAACUGUUUGUGUGUGUGUGUGUGUGUGUGUGUAUAUAUUAUAUGUGUAUAUAUGAAUAUUGUAAAUGAUGUUUUUAAGUGUAUCUCAUUGUUUGGUUGUUGGGGAUUGAUUGACAGUUUCUGUUAAACUGAUCUAACGUGAAAAUAAUAUUCACUUCUUUUUCUCUCUUGGGCAAUUCCGAUUGGCUGGGAAUGUCGUCUUGAGCCAAUCAGUGAUGAGUGUGGAAAGGAAAACAGCCCGACUCCUCUCAGCUGGGAUACGCCCGACCUGCCGUAUGCAAAUUAGACACAAAUAACGAAAUGGGAUGAGGCCGAUUCAUUUCAGUGCCACCAUUUAGGGCACAGAAUUGAAUGCAUUAGUUCGAAACUGAGCUGAUUAUCAGUGAAUUUGAGCUGUGGAGCUCAUCACUGGAGUGGAACUGUAUUAUUAUUAUUGAUGAGAGUGAUAAUCACUGCAGAUUGACUCAGUUUGGCAGGGUGGUCUCGGUGCUGUAGAGGAGUUUGGGGCACUGCGACUCUUUUUGCAUAUCACUGUUUAAUCCAGAUCUUUGUAUUACUCGUCUUUUUGACAUUAAAACCAAUAAACGGAGAGAAUGUUUCUGCUGGGGACUCUUUCGGUAGGUCGUACAGUAAUUAAAGCGCUGAAGGUCAAUGGGGCAGAAAAAUAAAAUGGCUGUGAUCUGUUUGCUGGCAAUUAAUGAAUAAAUGUUUCAUACUGCGUACGAA